AUGUCUCAACAACAAUUUAACGAGUUUGUUGAACAGUUCAUAACAAAUCAGAAAAGUGUUAAUACACAACUCACCCAAAUUCUUCAACACCAAAACGCUCAAGAAAGAUCUGUAGUUGAAGGAAUGACUUAUGUUCAGGCACCACUACAGGCAAAAGGUUUGACAGUUCAACUGCUGGUGUUUUACGGGAAGGAAAAUGAAAAUGUUGUGACAUGGCUACUUCAAUAUCUUAACAAGGUUCAAGCUCACGAAGCACAAAAACCAUUUGAAGAGUGGCAAAGUUUUGCGAAUGAAAUAAAACAGGCGUUUCAACCCCUACAACACCAACAAAAUAUAUUGGGCCAAGUGGAACAAAUGGAUGAAGCAGAUAAAAUACUCAACUUCGUAGAAGGCUUAAAACUAGCAACUAAAGCUGAAGCCAGUUACUGA